AUGCCCACAGAAAACUUGACUGGGGUCACUCCCUCAACAAGACUACCAUCAAUCACAAUCUCACUCUUUUCAUAUGGCCAUGCCAACGGGCCAAUUAUCCAACAGCCUAGCCAAUCGCGUCGUCACAAAACUUUGGCGUAUAAUAUUCGUCACUUGCCCAAUCCACCACGACACGUCCGUGUAAACUCAACUGGUCUGUCUCGGCGGCUUCAGAAAGAAUUCUUGCAACAUGAUACCGUCGAGGCAUUCUUGGUCAAGGUCAAAAGCGAGCUUGUCACUGCAAUCAAAACAGAAUGUGAUCUACUUUUGCACUCGGCAGAGAAAGCUGAACAGGGACCCAAAGACUCUCAUGAGAGUUCUCAUCUCAAUGAAGAGGACACGUUAGACUGCCCAGACAUCGAUAUAGUUGUGACAAUAUGCUGUGAGGAGGGCCGCCAUCGCAGCGUUGCGUUUGUUGAGGAACUCGCUCGAAAGCUGGCUACAUUCAAGAAUGGAGUCGACCCAUCUCAGCCCUGGCACCUGAGUGUUAAUAUAACACAUCGUGAUGUCGGAGAUCCCAUAGACUUGGAGCAAUCAUCGGGUCAGCAGAAGCGCGCAAAUAAGGCUCAAGCGAAGUCUAGACAAAAGGAACGACGUGAAAAUGGGGAUAAAUUUAGAUCGCAGCUUGGGCAUUAUGAUGAAGAAGGCUAG